AUGGAAUCGGCCUCCAACUGCCGCAAACGCACAAGUCAGGCUCGCAGCGCGUACUCCGAGGAGUACUUUCCAGAUGAGACCAGCGCCCCGGACUUGCUCCGUGCCGGGGAAGCCCCUCCUGGCUACUGCUACCAACCCCAGGAGCCCCCCCUCGAGACCCCCACAUCCCCCCAUCUACUUACACGACUCGCUCAACCCCCACCUCCCCCUCAGACUAAACCAGAACCGACCAACCAGAAGAGGUACCAAAUUGAUGCCUCCAUGUCGCGCCGCAGGAAUAGAUUAAUGCAGUCCCAGCUGCAGCAACAGCAGCAGUUUGUAUCUACUCAAAGGCGCCGAUCAAUGAUUCGGUCCGAAAUGAUGUCGCCAGGUCUGGUUGUAAACGGCAGAAACGCAACAAUGGCGACUCAGGCCCUUAGGUCACGACGCAUAAGCACUUCUGUUUACAAUUCGAGCCAGCAGCAAUUCCAACCUGUCCGUAAGAACGUCACAAGUGUGCCCGAUAACCAGUUUACGCAGAGGCAGUACGCCCUUCGAAGUUAUGGAAACUUGCAAAGCUAUGGAACGACGAGGUCUCAACAACUUCGACAACCACAAACAUGGAGAUCUCCUAGACUGGCCGCGGCUGCCGCUGCUGCCGCUGCAACAACCAACAGCGCCUCAGGACAAAUGCAAAACUCAAUGAUCAAUCAGCAGGACUAUUUUUAUGGGGCGGCGUCCCCCCAAGGCAGCCUAACCUCCCCCACCACUUCACCGCCCCGCGCGUCGACAGGUGCCUGGGGUCAGGCGACACGACAGCAGCAGCAGCAGCAGCUCGCUGUCCUAAACAAUCCACGCUGGCGCCACUCCCAGAGCGUCUCGACGGAAUCGGCCGAGGCGACAGCAGCUGCACCACCACCGCCGCCGCCUCCACCAGGAGCAGCGAAUGAACAACAAAAACUACAGCUGUCGCCCUCACUACGCAAGGCGAAUCUUUGUGCGGGACGAAAUUCAAUGGGGCGACGGAUGACAAUGGCUUCCAACCAAGCCAUUGACAACACGAAUUUAAUGAUCAAGUCAAGUCUGAGUGUCCCGAACUUCGAUCCGUUGUUGGCAAGAGAUAGCUCGGAAGCCUUCGACUUCAGUCUAUCUCCUUCUGCGGACCGUCGGCACGAUGAAUUCCCCGAUUCCUGCAGUCGUCUUCGAUCGCGCAAAACGACCUCGCGGGCAAAUGCUUAUGAAAUGGAAAGUAAGGAGAAUGGUACUAACAUGUUGUCAUUGGCAAUCUCAGCCGGAUACCUGACACCGGAGGAAUUCAUGUACUUCAACGAACCCUUCGAAAGCACCUGGAAGAAUGUGAAGCUCACACUUCUUCAACAACCAGAAUUGCAGCAUCGAGCUCGAUAUCUCACAGAGGGUAGCCGAGGCCCUAUAAAAAACCGCAACUUUGAUGGAUAUCCAACCAUCCAGCUCGAAGGAUGGUCAGGUCCAGCUCUGGUGCAGGUCUUCGUGGCUAACGAGGCCUCCGAUCCCCACCUACACAUGUUCUACCAGGUCUGCCUCGUUUCGACGAAGAGUAACCGGGGCUGUUCAGAGCUCGUCUACGGCUUCACUACCGUCGUACAAGCACCCUUCACUCCCAACUCAGAGGACCGAGUAAUGAGUAUAGAUUCAGUUGGACUAGUAAAGCUACGCAACUCAGACGUUGAGCGACGAAUGGCCUCCCUGUCUGAAGAGCAACAAAAGAAACUGCUGCGAGCCUCCGGAACCCCUUCAAGCUCUCUGUCCACAGUUACUUCCACGGCUCCCACCACCGGACAGCCGCAACGUUCCAGGCAAUCGCCGGUGACGUUGCAGACACCCUCGGUUCAGACGUGCGAAGACGCCGCUCGACGGUCGAUAAAACCCAAGUCGAGUUCCGCUCGCCUUGUCUACAGGGUUCUUCUGCUUUCGUCGGUCAAUAGGGUAGAGGGUGUCUUACAAGUGAUUAGUGACCCAAUUCGAUGCACCCAAAUCGUUGGAGGCCCAGAAAUCAGCCGAAUGUCGAUCAGGGAGGCCCACGUCAGAAGUCAACCCGAGCUAUUCAUAAUUGGAAAAAACUUUGUUCGAGGGACUCGUGUCAUCUUCAAACAGCUGGCUUCGCCGUCGGCUGCCAACGUUGGCAGCCCGAGUGACGUGAGUAGAGAAGACAAAAUCGAUGUUGUCUGGGAGAAAGAAGCCGGCAUUGACGCCAACUACUUUUAUCAGACACAUUUAAUUUGUAAAGUACCUGAAUACAACGGUCCGUCCUGUCCCCUUAUGACACCUCUCCAGGUCCAUGUGUACAUUCAAACCCCGACAAAAAUUGGGCGACCUGAGAUAUUUACUUAUCUUCCAUCAAUCCCCAUCUACGGCCCACCAACUAUCUCCCGACUCUCCCUUCGUGAAGCGCCUUCUCGUGGCAUGGUUGAUCUUUUUAUCCUAGGCAACAAUUUCUCCAAUGAUUGUCGCGUUGUAUUCAGGCAAGUUGUCAUGGCUACUGACAACAGUCACGAUGACGCUUACACACCCCCGAGAGUGUUUGAAGAGGCCAAGGUUGUGUGGCAGCGGGAGGCGCAAGUGGAGGCAGGUUUGGUGAACAAGUCUCAUUUGGUUUGCCGCGUCCCGCCAUACGACGGCCAAUCCUUGCCCCUUCUAAAUCCACUCCUGGUCCAGGUGGUCAUCGAGGGCUCUAAUGGAACCACUUCACCAGAAAACUUCUACUACAUCCAAUGCAAGUAUUUCCUUUGUCUGCUUUACGCUUGUUAUGAUGAUUCGCCAUAG